GUUUCAAUGUCACUUCAACGGCAGAUAAAACGUUUGUCCCCCCAUAUAAACCAAACGCUUUUAAAAUCUUAAUGAUUAAUAUUAUCACCAGAGUUUAAAGGUCACGUACAGAAAAUAAAAUCAUCAUACACUGGUUUGUGCUGAAGAUAACAAUGUAUCCUCUAAAUUUGUUGUGUUUUCAUUUACUUUUUUCAAUUCCAUAUUCUCUCGCGACGGACCGCCAUUAUUACAUAGCGGCUAUAGAAGUUGAAUGGGACUAUGUACCGUCAGGACGGAAUUUAGUUACCAAUGAAAAUAAGAAAUUCCGAGAAAAAACUGAAAAUCGACGAGACCGAAUUGGUAGUGUGUACAGGAAAGCCAUUUAUCGUGGUUAUACAGACCAAACGUUCACUCAGCAACUUCCUGUACCAGAAUGGGCGGGGAUUCUCGGACCACCUAUCAAAGCGGAAGUUGGCGAUACUGUGUACAUUCAUUUCAAGAACAUGGCCACCGGAAGUAACUUCAGCGUUCACCCGCACGGUUUUCUUUACGACAAAAUAAAUGAAGGGGCACUUUAUAUCGAUGGUACUCAUCCAUUCGAAAAGUACGAAGAUGCAGUGCCCCCUGGCGGCACUGUAACGUACAUGUGGGAGAUUGGUAAGGAGCAUCGCCAAAAAAAAGAUGAGACAACUGUGCUGCUACACAAAAGCCUUUCUAUACAACAAGUUAAUCUAUUAUUUCCAGGAACGCUUGAUUCGAAAGGCCGACGAAAAGAUGCCGACCAAGAAUUAUACUUAUAUGCCGACGUGACGGAUGAGAAUAAUAGUUGGUAUGCCGAUAUAAACUUGAAUAAAUGUGGUAAUCCAAACGUUUGCAGAAACCUAAAGAGACAGAAGAACCGGAAGUUCAUAUCAAGUAACAGUAUUCCCCAUAUCAACGGGUAUUUGUUCGGAAACCUUCCAGACUUUACUGUUUGUGAAGGCGAGAAAGUAAUCUGGUAUUUUAUGUCCAUAAAUCGUGGGAUAAUACAAUACAACUAUUUGCCACGGUGGACGGACACUGCGGUGUUAUUUCCAGCAAGCGUAUAUUCGGGCCACAUGACACCGGUCAACCCUGGGCGCUGGCUUCUUUAUUGUAAAAAUCUCGAUCAUUUUGAAGGUGGAAUGUCGAGUUUUUUAACAGUUCUGAAAUGUCCACCAGCACCUGCCGGGCCUCUUGUUCCUCCAAAAUUAAUGUUUCCAACUCUAAUACGUACAUAUUAUCUCGCCAUAGAGGAAGUUCUUUGGGACUAUGCGCCUGGUUUUGACAGCAGACGUUCCAAAUCUGCUGCAAAGUUCCUUAAUCGAGGUAGACAAAGGAUUGGAUCAGUCUAUAAAAAAGCAAUUUACAUAGAAUACAUUGAUGAUACUUUUACAUUGCGGAAGCCACGUGGCGACCACGAAAUGCAUCAUGGGUUGGCCGGUCCACCAAUCAAAGCGCAAGUCGGAGAGCGUGUUGUUGUUGUAGUUCUAAACAGAGCAUCGAGACCGUAUUCUUUCCUUGCAAAUGGUAUAGAAAUAACGAAAGAACACGAAGGAGCGUACUACAAAAAUCAACGGCAUGAUGAGAAGAUGACCGGCGCAAUUGUCAUGCCAGGAACAAUAAGAACGUAUGAAUAUAAUGUAAAUGAACACGUCGGGCCUACACCUUUAAAUGAAGACUGCAUCACAUACGUGUAUCAUUCCGCAGUAGAUGUUACUAAAGAUGUGUACUCCGGUUUGUUCGGCCCUCUGUUGGUGUGUAAACGUGGGACGUUAAAUUUCGAUGGAUGUCAGGUCAGUUUGAUUAAUUUAUGUGAUUUUCGUAAUUAUAUGAGAUUAAGAUUUAGUGUGCGAG